GCCGGGUUGUUUGUUAUUGAACGAGGCCAUGUUUUCGUGUCGAGGUUGUCGUCACGAAACAUGCGGCGCUCACGCUGAAGAGACUCCAUCGUCAUUGCAGCGAGCGGUGCAGGCGUUCUCCAUCGCGCGCAUGCAAAGUGUGCAUUCUUCGUUCUGGAGCCCGCGAAUGUUACGCGCACAGUCCUAGCAUUUGUCGUACUGAAUGCGAUAUCGCAUCCCUCACAACCAGCGCAAGGAGCGAGCGCUCAACAUCCAUCAUGGCCUCUAUGGUGGAUCAUAUGCACCCAAACAAGAAUCGUGCGGGCGGUCGCGUGGAACGAAUGAGAGACAAGCAGAACGGGACACGGAAACCGUGUGCCCCGAUGUCUACGUCAUCCGUUCCCGCCGUCCCAGCCACUUGCGACACGUGGCACGACAUGAUGAUAAUGAUGACGACGGUGAUGAUCACGAUGAUGGUGACGAUUACGGUGGUGAUGUUGAUCUGGACGACGAUGUCGCUGAUGAUGAUGAUGAUGUUGAUGAUGAUGGUGAUGUUGAUGAUGAUGUUGGUGAUGAUGAUGAUGGUGAUGAUGACGAUGAUGAUGAUGACGAUGAUGAUGACGAUGACGACGAUGUUGAUGAUGACGAUGACAAUGAAGAUGACGAUGGUGGUGAUUUUGAUGACGGCGACGAUGUCGAUGAUGAUGAUGAUGUUGUUGAUGACGUUGAUGAUGUUGAUGAUGAUGUUGAUGAUGAUGUUGAUGAUGAUGACGGUGUUGAUGACGUUGAUGAUGUUAAUGAUGAUGUUGUUGAUGAUGAUGAUAAUGUUGAUGAAGAUGAUGAUGAUCACGAUGACAAUGAUGGUGAUGAUGAUAAUGAUGAUGAUGAUGAUGACGAUGAUGAUGGUGGCGACAAUGAUGGUGAUGAUGGAGGUGAUGAUGAUGAUGAUGAUGGCAAGCAAGAAUCAUGGGGCCGCUCGCGAGGAAAGAACGAGCGGGAAUCAGAAGGGGACACAGAAACCAUGUGGCCCAAUGACAAUAAGAAGGACCUCAAGGCACCUCCCAGACAAUUGAAACUUUCUAUGAAAGACAUUCGAUGGCAGUGGAAGCAUGACGGCUGCCCAAGAGUUGUGAUGGGGAACCCUAGCGGGAAACAAGAUCAGGUCCGGGAUUGGCGUAAGUUUUGUACAAUGGCGCUCCAUAAGGCGCCUCAAAACAGCUUGUGGCUUCUCGCGGAUCAAAAGGAAGAGGAGACCAUUAAGAAGCAAAAUGCUGCCCUUCGUUCUUACUUACCUUUGGCGAAGGCCGGGGAAAAUGUAUGGAAACUGACCUUGGAAUUUUUCGAAAAAUGGAAGACGGGCAGAUUGCUGAGCCACGAUAGGGCGAAGUGGAUCGUCAAAAAGAAGAAGGUAAAAAACGUAAAGCCUGGGGUCGCCUACAUCCACAACGACAAAUUGGGCAGAACGGAGGUGGUGUACAACGUCCCCGUGGACCCGCCGAAUAAAAAGGGCAAAAAGGAGAAAGAGGAGGGCGAUUGGUUCGUGCAAGUGCCAGACCCGGACGCGCAUUGUUGGAAAACAAUGGAAUCACUCACGGACAAUAAGAAGUGUCGCGUUCUGAAAAAGGUGCUUGCUUGCGAGGUCAUUUGGGUCCAGGCCGGCUCCCCGUCGUUGGCGAAGUUGGGAAAGCUCAGCGUGAAGGACAUGGUGCAGCUGGUGAAGUGCGACCACGUGCUGGUCCGGUUGUGGAAUUACUACCAAUUCAAGCACGAGAAGAGGUCGGACGAGGACUGGAUCCAAAGGUAUCCUUUCCUGAUAUCGAGGUCUGCCGUGUUCAAGAAGUUUGAAGAGGCGGACAUCAGGGGCGCAGAGCUGAAGGAGGCAGUGGCUGCCACAAAGAGCCACACGUUCGUCCUCAAUCUGUGCGAGCCGGUUGACCUCAAACUGUGGAAGCCCCAAGCGUGGGAGACUUUGAAUUCCUAUUUUCAUACGUGGUGUCCCUUGCAUUGGACUCUCGUUGUUUUCGUGCCGCGGCAGCACAACCUGUCGUUUCUCGCCAGCAUGCACCAUCUUUCUUUCGUCAAGCUGUUGGAAGGGAAGUGGGUGCAGAGAGUGCAGCAAAAAAAAAGCUUCCCCAUUGGGAACAAUUUGUACACGGAGGAAGACCGCAUGUACAUCCUCUUCAAGGGUGACGAUCUGCGCGUCAACACGUCCGUGGUCUACGAGGGAAACCUGCCCAGGGGUGUUGCUGCUGCGGUGCGAUUGCCUCAGAGGGUCACCCAAACGGAUGUGUCCGAGAUUCCUUUCACGCCUUGCGACUGGUCGCUGGUGGCGCCUGAACGACAGGGCAGCGUCUACGGGGAUAUGGAAUGCAAUCCGACACAAUUCGUCGGUCUUCUUGAUUUUCUUGGCAAGAAGGGAGAGGGUGUCGUGUUUCUUGGGAAACCGCACGCGCGAAGCGUCUGGGAGCUUCGGAAGGCCGGUCGGCACGUUGUCGCAGUGGAAGGGAACUCCGACCUCUUGCAAUUCACGAUGCAGGUGGUGAAAAGCGAGGUCAAUUCGGGUGGGCACAAUUAUGAGUUCAUGGUCGUGAGGCCAACACGGGAUAAGGUGUGGAGCAACAAGACGGAUAUGUGGUUCAAGUUGAGCGAGAGGAAGAGGAACAAGAUAUACGAUUUCUUGUUCCUUCAAACGCGUCCGAGGAGGGACACUGACGCCGAGUACAUCUGCCGGAAGGACCACGUGUCGGCACUGCUCAACAACUACCACUUCGCCUCCCGCAUUAACGCGAAGACGUUUAUCGAAAGGCUGCAGUCGCUUGACUUCGUGGAGUCCGAGGAGCAGUUGAAGUUAGCCAGUUACGCUUCCCUGAUCUCCACUGACGACGAGGAAGCCAUAGGUGUGGAGUUUGUCGCCAACGCGAAGGAGGAGGAGAGCGACACGGAGAGCAUCGACCUGCAGUACGACCCGCCUCCGGCGGACCACGGUCGAGGGUCCUCGUCGGCCGGUCUAUCACCAAGCGCUGCAGCCCUCGUGUCACCAUUGGCCAAACCGGCGCCGGGCACCACGCCGAUGACGUUGCUGGAGAGACGUAGAGCUCUGGCCGCCCCCCCGCCCGCUUUGCGUCCCGGGUCCGUCGUCCCGCCCGAUCAUCCGUCUUGGAAGGAUGACAACAUCCACUUCCUGCUUGAACCGCAACGUCAUUCACCUGAGCUGGACUGGGGCCAUGACAAGGUUUGCCAUCCGGGAGUCAUCCAGCCAGCAAUACGAAAUGGCGAGUGGGUCAUGGCCGUGGCAAUCCCGGGCGCGGGAUGGGUGUCAUUCCCAUGCGAGUCGAAGUCCAACUUCCUUCACCUCGCGAGGAUUUCGGUCCUCCAGAAAGUGAAGGUCGAAAAUGACACUUUUGCACCCGUCGACCUGUCCCUCAUUUCCACUGCCGGUCGACUGUUCGACGAGCUUCAGGACAAGUGCUGGUUGAAAUUGACGGAGGACUACUACGAGCUUGACACGAGUCCGUCGAAGGGCGUGGUGGACUGGAAAGUGCCCCCUCCCAGUGGGUCGGACGGUGGUUCUGGGGGGGGGUCACCUGGAAGCGGAGGGGAUGGGGGUGGCGACGCAGGGGGUGGCAAAGGAAUCCCGCCUAUGGGGGAGAGAGGGUCUCACGGCCGCAACACGACACCAGGCAGCGCCGGGGUGGCGGGCUUCGCCGUCGACCGGACUCCGUUGACAGGCACUCGGCCCGAGCAUAUGACACACUCCGCCGAACCCCCGACUUCGUCCGUGGGCUCAGGGAGGGACACGUUGGCAGCCUUGGUUGCUCUGGGCAGUCGCUCGGCCGGAAAGCCGAAGUCCACCGGGAUCCGAACUACGUCGGGUGAGGAGUCGCCAGAGCGGUUCGGAAUGCGAAGCUGCUCGGGGUCGGGGAAUCCAAGCAAGGAUCGAGAAAUUCGCAGCAUUGCGGCGAGGGAUGGAGACGUCGGAAAGGUGUCGCCUGAGCGGGAGCGACGGCCGCAAGGAUUGCAGUGGGAGGCUGCAAGGAUUGUCGUGCCGUUGAGAGGGGCAGCGUGCACGGGGACGGAAGGGCGGUCCUCGAGAUUCAGCACGGGUACCGCGGAAGGGGACGAGUUUCGUGGGAGGGAAGAAGGGGAGAUAAUGAAGGAACAGAAGGGAGCGCAAGAAGGGGAGGAAGAAGGGGAAGAAGAGGUGGAAGGGGAGGAGGCGGGAGAAACGGAGCUAAUUGAUUUGUUUGAAGGAAGGGAGGGUGUCAGGUCUGGAGAAGACGAAGUGGAACACAGUGAGGACGAUGCCGGAUCUGGAGAGUCGUCUGACGAGUUCGGACAACUGUACGGAGAGCAUCACGAGGAUGAUGUCAACGACGAUGCCACGGCAAUAGAGAUGGAGACACAAGUGGUCAGCAGCCUUUCCGCAGAGCUUGAAGAUUAUGCGGUCCGGCCACUGACGUUUGCUGUCGACUUGCAACACCGGUUCGACGGGGCUUCCGUCGUUAUCAGCCCGUCUGAAAAAAGUCGACGUAUAAGCAUCGACGAAGUUAUCGACGGUAUCCUAGGCGACCACAACGUGUCUGCCCGUCCGUCCGCAACUGCCAACGUCGCAUCUUCCGUGGCAGCUGCCCUUGCUUCGUCGUCGCCGAAGUCUCUGGUGCUGCCGGCCACCCUUGCUGCCGAAGGGGAAGGCGAGUUCGGGGUGGUGUCGUCUCGAACACGGAGAUCCUCCAAAUAUCCAGAGCACAUAUUGCAGAAAGUCCCCGGGUUGAGUACAAAACACAAGGAUAUGUUAAAGGCAUCAGGGGUUGAUGUCGAGAUCGGAAAGGAGUACACCGUUGCCAUUGAGGAAUGUCUUUCCCUUCUUGCCCCAGAGAAAGGGACAUAUCCACGAUCUGUGAGUAGAGGUGAGGCCAUGUAUGAGAAGUACUUAGCAACGCGUCAUGCACCAGCGGACAAUGCCUAGAGCUCCGUUUCUCACUACCCCACGUGUCCUUUGCUCGAUGUUGUGCAGUGCGGGCAACAAGUGCAGCACGCAGGAAAAGUUUCGCGGCAACGAUUGCGC